ACGGCCUACAAUUCCCGUCAACCCUUUCGGCAGGAUUGUCGUAACCAGCCUUUGCCAACAACUUCAAACAGCCCAUUCGGAACCUGUCAGCGGUGUGUCGCCUGGUAGUGCCGCUUCUUCCUUUGGUCUGAGAACUGGAAACAUGCUGUCCUUCGCCCUGAGACAACUCACACGGCCACUGUGCCAGCGAGCCUCAGUUCGUCUCAGUGUACGUGGCCAGCAGUCCCACGCUGCCAACCAUACAGUGGAUGAAGAUCGUCCGUGGACGGGCCAGGAAAGCCUGGCUCAGGACGACCCUGAGAUGUGGGAUCUGCUGCUGAAGGAGAAGGACAGGCAGUGCCGCGGCUUGGAGCUCAUUGCAUCGGAGAAUUUCUGCAGUCGAGCAGCUCUGGAAGCUCAGGGCUCCUGUCUGAACAACAAAUACUCUGAAGGCUACCCAGGGAGAAGAUACUAUGGUGGAGCAGAAGUGGUCGACCAAAUUGAGCUGCUGUGUCAGAAACGAGCCUUGGAGGCCUUUGACCUGGACCCAGCUCUGUGGGGUGUCAACGUCCAGCCAUACUCUGGCUCACCCGCUAACUUUGCUGUCUACACCGCCGUGCUCAACCCCCAUGACCGCAUUAUGGGCCUGGACCUGCCCGACGGAGGACAUCUGACCCAUGGCUACAUGUCCGAUGUGAAGAGGAUCUCAGCAACCUCAAUCUAUUUUGAGUCCAUGCCUUACAAGCUAAAUACUGCAACAGGACUCAUAGACUAUGACCAGAUGGAGAUGACGGCCAAGCUGUUCCGGCCCAAGCUCAUCAUCGCUGGCACCAGUGCCUAUGCCCGCCUCAUUGACUACGCCCGAAUCAAGAAGCUGUGUACCGACAUUAAGGCCUACAUGCUAGCGGACAUGGCCCAUAUCAGUGGCCUGGUGGCUGCCAAAGCCAUCCCCUCUCCCUUUGAACAUGCUGACCUGGUCACGUCUACCACACACAAAUCCCUCCGAGGAGCCAGGGCUGGCCUCAUCUUCUAUCGUAAGGGUGUUCGCUCAGUGGACAAGAAGGGGAAGGAGAUCAUGUAUGAACUGGAGGACAAGGUGAACUUCUCUGUGUUCCCCUCCCUGCAGGGCGGACCUCAUAACCAUGCCAUCGCUGGUGUGGCUGUGGCACUCAGACAGGCUCACUCUCCCAUGUUCAAGGAGUAUAUCGACCAGGUACUAAGAAAUGCCAAGUCUAUGGCUACAGCUCUUCUCAACAAAGGCUACACCCUGGUAUCAGGCGGGACUGACAACCACCUGGUCCUGGUUGACUUGCGGCCUAAGGGCAUUGACGGGGCUCGGGCCGAGAGGGUGCUGGAGCUCGUGUCAAUCACUGCCAAUAAGAACACCUGCCCUGGGGACAAGAGCGCCCUGACUCCUGGUGGCCUCAGGCUAGGUGCUCCAGCCUUGACAUCCAGACAGUUCAAAGAAGCUGACUUUGUGCAAGUUGUCGAGUUCAUGGAUGAGGGCUUCAAGAUUGCCUUGGACGUCAAGAAAAAGACAGGAAAACUCCAGGACUUCAAAAACUUCCUUCUUCAGGACCCAGAGACCAUGGCUCGCAUGGCCAACCUGCGCCACCGCGUUGAAGCUUUUGCCAGGCCCUUUCCCAUGCCAGGCUUCCACGACCAUUAAACCAAGUAAUAUAGAGUUUGUGGGGCCAUAACAGCCAGGUGGCAGAAAGCUGGCUGGGCAAAACUGUACAAGGAGAGGGAAAAAUCUCAUGAUAGUGAAAUGUGGUUAGUGCCUGUGAAUCAGGAUGACUCCCUUUUUUCCAAUCACAUAUGGGAAACCACUUUUUUUUUUUAAUACUACUUUGUCGUAAUCCAUCAAUCCGUUCUUGUAAAAACUUGAGGUAAAGAAACAAUAAAAUUUGACAGAUUUUGUAGAGCCAAAUAACAUAUUUUCUAUUGUAUGUGUACAAAUCUUUCUCAGUUGUCAUUGUGCCAUUUCUUAGUGUGUGUGGGAGGGAAAUCAAAUCAAAUGACAAAUGGCUCUCUGUAUCAGACUCUGUGACUUGAUUUGUGUAUAAUUUGUUUUUAUAAUGAGAUACACUGAGAGGUCUUAGUGCUGUAAAGAGUCUUAACUAAUGUCUAAUUUAGAUUAUUAUAUUCACAUAGAGAUGUGUGCAUGAUAGCUUUCUUUUCUGUUGAAAUAGGAUGAAAUAAGGUACACAAGGAGGCUUCAUGAAGUGAAGGGUUGUUCUGUCAUACAAUGUUGUGUUGGACUUUUAAUAUCUGUGGGGAAAGUUUUGUUGAAGAUCAGAAAUUAACCCAAAAUGUUGUCAAAAUAUAAUUUAUGAAAGUUAGCCCUUUAAUUUAUUGAUUUGUGCAACUUUAAAAGUCAGAUUAUACAGGAAAUGGACUAACCGCUUUUAAUUAUACUAUAGUCAAAGUCAGAAAGCAACACUACAACCUGUGUUCAAAAUGUUUACACUGUGAGAUGUUUUUUAAACAAAAAUCAAAUAUAAGCUUCAGAAAGUAGAAUUUAAUGGGAAUUUGCAUUAGAUUGCAUUGCAAAAAAGAUUUCCACCUCUAUCCGAGGAUGUUAUUUUCUUUUAACGCCGUUUCUCUUUUUUUCUUCCAGCAUAUCAUUAAUGUCAGAUUUGAAUUGCUAUAUAUUUUGUUAUGACAGAUAAAUAACCAAAUGAAAAAAUAACAAAUGUCAUUCUGGAUUUUUUUUUUAUACUUUAAGUGUGUUUACAAAGAGUAUAUACUUUUCUAUGUUUUAUUUUAAAAAGAAUUAACUAUGUAACAGCUAUCAUUUAACAUAUAUCUUAAGAUUUCCAAUACCAGCUGAUUUGUUGUACUAGAAAGACUAUAGUGCAGUCUGCCUGACUUCAGUGUCAUUUAUUUCACCAUGGUGUUCAAUGAUAGAAACUGAAGGAGCUUGAUUUGAAAAAAAAAAAAAAAAAACUGAUUCUUUUUUUGUCUUAUCUGGCUUACAGAUUGGAACUGUCAUUAUCACUGCAUCAGUGAGGAAGCAAGAUUUCCGUUUGUGAAAUGAUCAUACAGCACAGAGGAAAGGGUGUUAGAAAUAGUGUGGUUACUUUCUUGCUUUGCACAAAACAGCUGUCAAAGUGAACAGAAUCAAAUGAAUUAUAAACCUCACAAGUUUUUGACAACCGAUAGACUAGACUUUGCCAAAAUUAACCAAUAAGUAUUUUA